GAGCAAUCGUUGUGUCGUUCGGUUUGAGAAAGGAAAGCAAUGCGCUCGGCUUGAGUGACCCCAGUUGCCAAGCCAACGGACGCGGGAAACGGGUCCAGGGUUUCCGCUACACCAGCAGCCAGGCAAUGCGGUUGGCGUCGUAGGGUGAUCGGUAACCCUCCCAGGAUAUAGCAGCUUGCGGCAACUCGACCACUUAACAAGGGUACACGCGUCCCGUAUCGUCUGUGUCAGGCAAAGACGAAACAGAAAGUUGGCUCUAUUUGAGUUGCUUCUUGUAUUCGUUCGGUAAAGUCCGAGGCUAGUGAAAUAGAAAAGGACUUUGCAAGCUUGUGAAGCAGUGGUAGUGAGUGGUUGGUAGUGCAAGUGAAAAAUACGACAAAAACACACACCAUGUGGUUGCGCUCGUUCAUUUCCACCAAACUCCUCGCCGGUACUGCAAUGGAGCUACGUAGGCAUCAGCCAAAGCGUAACCAUUGCAUCGUGUCAGUUACUGUUCCUGUUAGUGUGGAGGUAUGAAAGAAGUUUUAUCAAAGUGUGUUGCGGCAUGUUUAGGCGGGAAUGAUUGCAUCCUGAAGCAGAGCGCAUAAUAUGCUGGAAACGGUGCAAAACGCAUAGUGCAAUUAGAAAAUCAAAUGCUCACACUGUGUACUGUGCGAAAAUGUAAGCUCUUUCGAUAAGUUAGUAAAGUGAAUCUAUUGCACGAUUGUGUGAAAUUAGGCAAGGCCUGUGCUAAAGUAUUUGCAAGCUAAAUAUAGCAAAUUAAUAUAAAGUUUAUGUUUACGGUUUGGGCACACCGAUCAUUACUAGUGUCCGGUAAAGUGACAUCACACGAUUCGAAUCAUUGUAUAUCUGUUAGGUGCAUUGCCUUAAAACGUUCGCGUGGAAGCGGACCCACUGAGGAAAACACCUUCCGUUUUCGGUCCUCCUUGUCCAUCAGACGAAAUUUGCAGUGAAAAAUAAGUGAAACAAGAAGUGUGUGCAGUAGUGUUUGUGUGUAUGUAAAUGUGUAUGGGCUAGUGGGAGAAUAUAGUAUAUGAGUGCAGUUUCCGUGAACGUGUACGUGUGUGUGUAUGUGUGCUUGUACAAGUGAACGUGUUAGUAAAACGGUGUAUCCCACAUUCAUCCCAAAUACUGCUUGCCAGUAAGUACAAUGCAGGUGGAUGCACAAUGUUGUUUCGUGCGGAUUGCAAUACCAGCGGAGGAAAACGAUUGGAAUGUGUACAGUGUGUGAAUAUGGCCAGUUGAAGCCUAAACCUUUGAUGACGUAUGACCGACGUGCACGAUUGUAUCGAGUGUGAUAUUAUUUAAAGUGUGCUCACCAGUGAGCUGGUGAAAGAAUAAGAAAAAAGAUUGGAGAAUAAUCUAACGGAAUUUUUACACUGAAAGUGACGGAAUAAGCAUGGCAUGUACCAACAGGAUGUGGAAUAACCGAGUAUCGCUAAUAUUGUUUUUCUUCGUUUUAUGGAUAAGCGGGGAACUGACAGCGGCUUUCGAUUCUCAUCUUCGGGGGCCGUCAUUUGUGAUGGAACCACCGUCGCGCCUCGAGUUCUCUAACUCUUCCGGUGGCUGGCUGGACUGUUCUGCCUCAGGAAGUCCACAGCCCUCUAUCGACUGGCUAUCGGUGGAUGGGACAUCCGUUGGUGAUGUCGGAGGUGUUCGGCGAGUUCUACGGAACGGGACACUAGUAUUGCUGCCGUUUCCUGCCACUGCCUACCGGCAAGACAUCCAUAGUACAAUCUAUCGAUGCGUAGCGUCGAACACGGUCGGACGGGUCAUCUCACGCGAUGUGCAGGUCCGAGCAGUGGUUGCUCAAGCAUACAAAGUUGACGUUGAGGUGUUGGCAGCUUCCCGCGGCUGUACCGCGAUCCUGCGUUGUGUAGUGCCUAAUUUUGUUAAGGAGUUAGUACGGGUUGUCUCCUGGGUGCAGGAGCCGGCGUUCUACAUUUAUCCGUCGCUGCAAGGAGAUGGCAAGUACCACCUGCUACCGACGGGCGAGCUGCUGAUACACAAUUUAGAGUAUAACGAUCGUUACCCAUCCUACCGGUGUCGGACGAUGCAUAAACUCACGAGGCAGGUUGUCACAAGCAAUUCGGCUAAGAUACGGAUGAACGAACAACGAGGAAUAGUUUCGCCAAGUGUCGUGGAGCAUACGUCGCACGUCGCCGUGUCUCAGGACGAAGGAGCUGUGCUGCUGUGUGUCGCUCAAGGUUGUCCAUCGCCAGAGUACCGAUGGUACACACACAACGGUCCCGAACCGAUUCCCGUAUCCUCUGGACCUCGGAUACGAUUGCUCGGUCCGGUGCUGGCAAUCGAAGCCGUCACUGCCGAGGACGGUGGAGUCUACAAAUGUUCUGCGUCGAAUGCCGGUGGUGAAGCGAGUGCCGAUCUGCGACUAACCGUGUCCACGCCGAUUCACGUGGAAAUCACUCCAAAUGUACUCAGUGUACACAUGGGAGGUACGGCGGAGUUUCGCUGCCUGGUCACUGCCAACGGAAUGUCAGCGGGCCCGCAGCACAUAACCUGGUUUAAAGAUGGCCGCCAGCUGCCCAGUUCCGGGCGUGUGGGCGAUACACUGCAGGUGACCGGAGUGACGCGUGAAGACAAGGGCAUGUAUCAGUGUGUAGUGCGUCGCCAGGAAGGGGAUUCCUUCCAAGCAUCAGCCGAAUUGCAACUAGGAGACGCACCCCCGUCAUUGGUGUAUAGCUUCAUCGAACAAACACUGCAGCCUGGACCAGCUGUUUCGCUUAAAUGUUCGGCACAAGGCAACCCGACGCCACAAAUCGCCUGGACGCUGGAUGGAUUUCCGCUACCGACAAACGGCAGGUUUAUGAUUGGCCAGUAUGUAACCGUACACGGGGACGUCAUCAGUCACGUAAAUAUCAGCCACGUGAUGGUGGAAGACGGCGGCGAAUACUCGUGUGCCGCAGAAAACCGUGCCGGAAAGACAUCUCAUUCCGCAAGGCUCAACAUUUACGGAUUACCGUACAUUCGCCUAAUACCGAAAGUCACCGCCGUAGCCGGGCAUACAUUAUACCUGAAGUGCCCGGUAGCGGGCUAUCCGAUCGAGGAAAUUCACUGGGAGCGGGGCGGCCGCGAGCUGCCGGAGGAUAUGCGCCAGAAGGUGCAGUCAGACGGGACGCUCGAGAUCAAGGAGGUGCAGAAAUCGCUCGACUCCGGUGUCUACACGUGCUGGGCACGGAACAAACAGGGGCACAGUGCGCGACGAAGCGGCGAAGUGGCGGUCAUAGUGCCGCCUAAGUUGAACCCGUUCCACUCGUCCAUCCUUUCGCUGAACGUUGGCGAUCGGGCUUCGAUCACCUGUUCCGUCAUCAAGGGCGACAUACCGCUCACCAUCACCUGGCGCAAGGACGGUCGUCCGAUCGAUCCUACCCAGCGCAUGUCCGUGACACAGGUCGACCAGUACAACUCCAUCCUGCUGAUCGAGAAUCUGACCGCCGAUCAUACCGGCAACUAUUCAUGCGUUGUACGCAACACUGCCGCCGAAACCGAAGGCCAUCAGUCGCUGCUGGUUAAUGUUCCACCCCGUUGGGUAGUCGAGCCGACGGACGUGAGUGUCGAACGGAACCGUCACAUUAUGCUUCACUGCCAGGCUCAGGGAGUACCGGUACCGACGAUUCUUUGGAAGAAAGCAACAGGAAGUAAAUCCGGUGACUACGAAGAGGUGCGGGAGCGACCGUAUACGAAGCUACUGGUGAACGGGUCGCUAUUGCUGCAGCACGUCAAGGAAGACAGAGAAGGAUUUUACCUUUGCCAGGCAAACAACGGCAUUGGUACCGGAAUCGGGAAAGUUAUACAGCUUAAAGUGAACUCCUCUCCCUACUUUGCUGGACAAUCCAAGAUGGUCACGGUGAAGAAGGGCGACACAGCCAUCAUGCAGUGUGAGGUGAAGGGUGACAAACCGAUAAAUGUUGUUUGGCUGCGCAAUGGAAAACACGAGCUCAACCCAUCCACGAAUUAUCGCGUCUCGAUUAAGCAAGACGCUACGCCGGAGGGCAUCUCGGCCGAGGUGCAAAUAUCGAACGUAGAUAGCAGCGACAGUGGAGCAUACUUCUGCCAGGCCAGCAAUCUGUACGGGCGAGAUCAGCAGCUGGUUCAGCUACAGGUACAGGAGCCACCCCAACCACCGUCCUCGCUUGAGGCCGCAACGGUUUCGAGCAGAGUGGUGAACCUAAAGUGGCAGCCGCGCGGUGGUGACGCGGCAGAAGUUUCCAAGUACAUCGUUGAGUAUCGCGAGAUUGACCGACAGUGGCAGUACAUCGAGAUAUCUGAUCCGCCCGCCUAUUCAACUAUCAUCGAGAACCUUAAACCAGCGACCAACUAUGUGUUCAGAAUAAUUGCCGAGGGUCCAGCUGGUCGAAGCUCGCCGAGUCAGGAAUUGUUCAUUAAAACCGAUCCGCAACGACCGGCCGGACCACCGCUCAAUCUCGGCGCUCGACCAAUUUCCUCCACCGAGAUACUGAUCACCUGGAUGCCACCGUCGUACGAGUUGCGGCACGGUGAAAUACAGGGCUACAACAUCGGUUACCGUUCGAUGCAUGCCACGACAAACAGUUACAACUUCACCUCUAUCUCGGGCGAUGGGGAGGAUGGCACCGGAGAGUUACUGCUGGGUAAUUUGGCCAAGUACACGCGGUACACGAUCGUUGCGCAAGCGUUCAAUCAAGUCGGGCCGGGACCUCUGUCCGAACCGGUCACCGCACAAACGAUGGAAGACGUUCCAAGCAAACCGCCGGAAGACAUUCGCUGUAUGGCGCAGAGCUCCACCUCGAUCCAGGUGUCUUGGCAGCCACCGCAAGCGCACCACACGAACGGGCUUCUGCAGGGGUACAAGGUGUUCUACGAGUGUGCUACCGAAGAUGCGAUCAGCAGUGGCGAGAUGGAGACGCGCAAGACCACCUCCUUAACGAUACACCUGUCCAAUCUGCGCAAGUUUUCCAACUACAGCAUUCAAGUGUUGGCGUACACGCGCAUGGGUGACGGUGUGAUCUCUCCACCCUCCUUCUGUCACACCGACGAAGAUGCGCCCGAGGCACCGGCCGAUAUCAAAAUUGCCAUCAGCUCACCAUCGUCGCUGUACGUGUCGUGGCUUCCACCGCGAGACCCAAAUGGCAUCAUAACCAAGUACAACCUCUACAUGCGGGCUGUUAACGGAAGGGAGGAGCUGAACAACGACAAGCGAAACCUUCAAGCGCACCAGCACCACUUCGAAGCGAAGCAGCUGCAAAGCCACACCGAGUACCAGUUCUGGGUGUCCGCUUCCACCCGGGUCGGUGAGGGUAAAAGCUCACGCGUCGUUUCACAGCUCACGUCGAACCGCGUACCGGCAAAGAUCGUCUCAUUCGGUGGGCUCACCAUUCGACCGUGGAAAUCGUCCGCCUCCCUAAACUGCAUGGCAGUGGGACAACCGAGGCGCGAAUGGUUCAAGGGUGACACAUUGCUACGUCCCGGUACGCAACAUAACAUUCAGCUGCUCGAUUCAGGCGAGAUUAUCGUGACAAUGUUGCAAACAAGUGACACCGGUAAUUACACCUGCCAGGUUGACAAUGGUAUCGGUACGGAUCGGCUUACGCACAAUCUGCUAGUACAAGUUCCUCCCGGGCCGCCGGUACUGUACGUCACCAGUGCGACUUCCAGCAGCAUUCUACUGCACUGGAAGAUCGGAUCGACGGGCAACGCACCGAUCACGGCGUUCUCGCUCCAUUAUCGGCGAGUGCACGGAAAUCUCGAGGAGAUGCAACUGUCGCGCCAUGCAUCCAGCCACGAUCUGAAGGGCCUGUUCUGUGGCAGUACCUAUCAGGUAUACCUGGUGGCCCACAACAAGAUCGGAUCGUCCUCCGCCAGCACCACACUAAACGUCAAAACUCAAGGGCAACCUCCGGGCAUACCACCCGACUCCGUACUGAUAGCGCCAAAUUCAACGUCCGUGGUGCUGCGACUGAAUGGGUGGCCGGACAACGGUUGUCCCAUUAUGUACUUCGUGCUGCAGUACCGAUCCGUAUCGACAGGGCUGGAUGACGAGUGGCAUCUGGUGUCGAAUGCGCUCAAGCCGCAGCGACGCUUCACCCUUUCCGGGCUGUUGCCAUCCACGAUGUACCGGCUCAAGAUGGAGGCGCACAAUGUAGCCGGUUCGACCAAUGCCGAGUAUACGUUCUGGACGCUCACAAAAGACGGAGACCCACCACCACCAGAACUAGUACAAAGAGGACAUCGUUCUCAAAUUUUUUAUAACAAUAUUCAACUUCUGAUACCGAUCAUCAUCACCAUCACCGCCACAAUCAUUUGCAUUGCUUUCACAGUGGUUUGUUACAAAUACCGCCAAAGAGGCCGCCAGCGAAAAGACACAAUGGAAAGCCAGCAAACUACUGAUGCACAGCGGGAUCGAUAUUACGCUACAAUUCAUAAAGUAGCACUGCAGGCCGGUGACAAAAUACCUGAAACAUCCGAGGACAUCUCACCCUACGCUACGUUCCAGCUCUCAGAAGCCAGCACACUUGCCCAACCUCACCACAGCGGGCCUGCAAACACUUUGCUCCAUUCCUUCAUGUACCACGAACGCGCCAUGACCGAGGGUUGCGCCUCGCCACCACCAGCAGCGGUACUGAGACUUCACAAUCAAUCACCAUACUACAAUAUUAACUCGUCCAAGGGCCGCCGAAGACACUCGCGCAAAACGGAACCUGAGAGCGAGGAGUCAGAUUCGGACCCAGAUCAGUUAACGUCGAGCAGAACCGAAUCGUCCAAUCAGCUGGACGCGAAGAUGAAGCACAGUAAGGAUCUGGACGUGGCAGCUGGCGGCCCAGGCGACCACGGCUAUAACCCGAACCACUAUAUGCGUUCUAUUCCAGGUCUAAUUUAUCACGGCACGCAAUCGAGCACAUCGUCCGAUUUAUCGCCGAUGUCCGAACAAAAGUCGUUACCUCGGCGUGGCCGUUCAAGUCAAAGUCAAACGCACCACAUCUACAUGCCCAGGGGUACGAUGCGAUCACUGCUGACACCGCUCCAUCUGCCAGACGGUAGUGCGCCGGGCGGUGGCCCACUGUUCCAUCAGGUCCCGAUCGAGGGAGGCACACCGGAUCGGAUCGAGCUGUCCGAGGCCGAGUGCGACAUCGAUACGAUCAAGAAGCUUAAGCUGGGCAUGCGAUCGUCACUCUGGUCGAGACCGAAUCAGAGCAACAGCACCACGGCCGGACCCACCGGAGGGUCCAACAGUAACAGCAGUAACAACAACAUUAACAACAACAACGGUGGCAGUGGCAACAACAACAGCGCCAGCAGCAACAAUAACAACAAUGGAAACAGUGGCAUCGUGGGUAGCAUCAUGGGUGGCACUGGUGGUGGAAAUGCUACCGGACAUCCUUCCGAUUACUCGAUCGCCGUGUAAGCUGUGUCAGCGCUUUCGGAUCUCGGGUUAAAGAAUCAAAACCAAGCAGGACAACAGGUCGGCAAUCGUUCUCAGUAUUCCUUUUUAAGUGUAUAAGUAGCCCACGGAGCCAACGUUGUAGCAGAUAAAAAGAUAGGACGAUAAUCGUUAGACUAAAAACUAAAAACAAGACAAAACAAAACAAUAUGUCAUGUAGAGCGUGGAAUCAUUCCAUUACCUUCUGUAGGUCUUUAAACUGUCACCAUUUCCACUCUCUCCUGUUGCUACCACCGAUAUGCAGUGUGCGAGGUGGAAUGCUCAAUCAAAAGUAGGUAACGUUUUAUAUACACUUAACAAAAAGAAAUGCACUAUACACUAGCAACAACUUAAAAGGGGAGGUUGGAAAGUUGGAAAACGACCAUGCAGCUGGAUUCGAAUGAUCACAAGAAUCGUCCUUUUCUUAGGCUAGCUAGUGAAAAUUAAAAUGCAAAUUCUACCUAGAACUCACGCAGCCAUUGUGUGCGCGAGUUUGCGUCAGUAAAAGCCUGACAGAGCAAAUGUUGUGGAACGAAACUUUUUUUUUCAACACGAGUGUGCCAACUGUACUUCCUUCGCUCUUAUUGGUUGCCUUCCUAUCUACUACAAGUCCGCAAGCUUUAACUCCAAUGUUGGCAUAUAAACAAGUUUAAAUUUUACCCAAUCAAAUUGGCCGUUAACUGUGCCGCCAUGAAGUUGUUUAUUAAGAUGCCGCCAUGAAGUUGCUUACUUGUCGGAAUAAUUUUAUACUUUAUUCUUAGUGGGUUUUGAUUUUUUUUUAAUUGAUAAUGUAGAUGGCGUUUGAAUUACGCUUCAAAAGAACAGCAGUUUCACAAAUGAAUCAGAUUCUGAAUAACAGGACAAAAGGAAUCUAACAUAAGGAAAGGCAUACAAUGGCAAUGUAUGAAACCAAAUACACUACUACAGCAAGGAUUUUGUAAUCUGUGUAUAAAGACUGAAUUUUCAUUACUACAUUCUUAACUUUUAAAGUCUGCAGUUAAGUAGAAUGGUUCCGGAUACACAUACACACACAAACACUCAUAAAAAUUAUGAGAGAACCACUAAAAACACGAACAAAUCGUCUCACAACUUGCACGGGCUCCAACUGGAUGUUCCUUAACUGUCUGGGCCGGUCCGACUCCGGUCCGGGAUUGUUGCAUUUAGCGAAAAGAGUAGUCGAUCUUUUUGUCUUACUUACCGUAUCUCCUGCAAUCAGAAUGAGCGGCCGAUGGUGCAUCGAAUGCUUGCAAUACAGUACAUAAGGUUGCUUCCAGUAUCCGCUGUCCGCAUGCUGUCUUGCCACGCAGUGCGGUCACGGGACGGAGCUGAGGAUUUGUUCGAUAGAGCGGGUAUCAGAGCGGUGUAUACCACAAUCAAAUUUACAAAAUGGCCGAUAACUAUAGGCUUUGAGCGAUUUGCUAGCAGACAAAGGGCAUUAUGCAGCAGCAGCAUAGACUAGAAUAAAACAAACAAACAAACAAAAAAUAAUACGGCAAGCAGUACAGCGAUUCUUUCGACAGGAACAGUUUUGCACAGCUGAUAUCCAUACAUUAGUUUGUAGUCCCAAGAAAUGCAAAUUACGUACGCACACACACACUAGCGAUAGAUCGACAGAGGCACGAUUUUCUUUUGCUGUCUACCACAUAUAAUAGAAAUGGUUACUAGUUUACAAUAUACAUUGAAAAUCUACCAUCAGACGUACUGUUUUACCGAUAAAAACUAAGAAAAAUGCAAACACUCACAUAGCGGUAAAGCGAUACUUGUUUGCAUGAUUGUUUCAUUGUAGGCACUGAUGUGGAACAAAAAUCAACAGUAUAUCCCAAAGCACUAUCUCGAUUAUUAAAGCAUACAAUUACAAGUGCAUCGUUUUGCUACGUGACUUUUUUAUGGAUAACUGUUUUGUUUUUCUUAUCCGCGUAAAGGACUAUUUUAUUUUAUUUUACUACAAACGAAUCAAUCCGUUAGUACCGGCGAAAAAGCAUUUCAGGUUUUCCGUCUUUUCGAUUGUUAUUCUACUGAUUUAUGGAGUUUUGACUUUGUUUUUGAUAAUAUUGAAUAUCAUGUUACGUACUUUUGAAGAUCAGGAAUUUAUCUGUCACAAAUAGUCGUGGUUGCAGACAUACACUGCUAGAUACUAGAACUAAUGUCUGUAGCAUACGGUAGACAACAUAAUUCACCGACAUGGAGAUGCUUGGAAGGAGGUUCAUGCACAAACCGAUACGCCGCUAUAUAGCAUACAGUUAGUUUAACAAAAAUCGUAGCCAAACAGUGUGAAUCCGGUAGUUAAGCGUUAGAAGGCCAAACAUCGAACUGUACGAAUUUAUUGAUGAGCAAAACCAAGCCUAUUCACAGCAAUUCAGUAUGUAGAUGAAAGUAUAAGCAAAACAAAACAGACAACUCAUAUUUAAAAACGAUACAAUUUAUCAUAUAAAGUCGUCCUCAGGACGGAAAUUAUACAAUUCCUCACACAAUCGUACACACACGUUGUUCAUGCUUACUAAAACAUCAAACAUCGAUGUGAGAUGUUUAAAGUGAGUGUGGAAAUUGCAACCCUUUUUCACUAAAGAUACGCAGCUUUUUGAUUAAUUACAUUCAUUUCAAUAAAUAAUAAAAUAAAACCACUAACCUAAGUGGUAGCUAUUUAUGUUACACGUUUGUAUGUUUAACAUGUAUAUUUUAAGGCUAUGCCAUGUUAAUGAAGUAUUUUAUGUUACGAAUUACACAGGAAAGGGCACUGACAAAUAAUUUGUUUAAUUUUAAUUAUGAUUUUUGCUAAUUAAAAUUUCAAAGUGGCAUAUCAAAUAUUAAUGCCGUUUGAUUUUGUUUCGGCAAAAACUAUUUGGUUUUAUUUCAUACAAAAGACUCGUUCAAUGUGUACACCACACCAGAAGCAGCGUACUCGACAACAAAGACAGAAACAAAUUCUGCACUGUGAGUACAUCACUCUUGCAAUAUGCACUCCAUACAGCAAAAGUUUCGGCAUAUCUUUUUCGGCCAAUUUGUACAAUUGUGACUAGGAUAGCAAGAAAAGCGAAAUCUGAUAGUACAGGUGAGAGAUGAGAAAAAAGACAUGAAUUAAAAACAACAAACAAACAAAAAGGUGAUCAAAAUUAAAAUUAAAUUUUUACAACAACAACAAAAACAAAUACAACCGAUAAAGCAGGGCUCGUAGUACUCAUAAGCAAAGUAAAACGAUGGACAAGCACAUUAAAUGUCAACAGAGCAUCUGGAACAAAAACACAAUAAACUGCCCUACACGAAUUAUACGCGAUGAAAACGAAAACUCAAACAGAAAUUAAGAACUUUUAAUUAUGAUUAACUGCAAACAUAUUGAGACUCAUUGCCGCAUCCCGAGUAUCCACAAAUGAGUCCAAUUGAAACUGAUGUGCGAAAAUGUAAGGUAUAUUGUAGGUAAAUAGAUAUAUAUAUACAUAAAUAUAAAUGUGUGACCGAAAAGAGAAGAGCAAAAUGACGGUAAAAGAUUAAACCAUCGUUGUGUCUGAUAGCAUGAAUGUUUCUGUUACUGAAUGAAGUGUAUAAAAACAGCUAUGAUUGAAGAUUAAAAAAAGAAAUGAAAAAAACAAGUAUAGAUUAAUUAGGGUGCGCGGAAAAGGCACGAAACACUAGAAAACGUAGCAAAGCUAUUCGGUGCAAAGCAAACAGCAAAGCAAACAAAACAAAAAAAACGAUCAAAUAUUACUGAGAUGUUCGAUACAUAAUAUGAAAGUAGCCAAUCAUGAAGUCAGUGCUAAAGAAUUCAAAAUACAAAAAAUAUCCCACAAAAGAACACCUCGAACAAAGCAAACCGGCAACUGAAGCAACAUUAUACAUUAGAUAUGAGUACAUCAGUCAGCUAACAGACAUUUAGUGUCGUAGAUAACCAUUGACUACAGAAUUCCAAAAUUCAAGUAUUAAACAAAAAAAUAACUUUCUAACGGUAUAAGAAAAAGAAAAUGUUCACACUCUGAGUACGAUUAAAAAGAAAUGAAAAAAAGAGAGAGAAAGAGAGCAUUAAAUUAAAUGUACGAGUCAAACCAAAGGCACACGCGUACUUGCCAAAAUGGGAUACAAAUGUGCGUAAACGUAACAAACAGAAAGGACAGGAAACGAGGAACUUAAAAAUAAUAUGUUAAUAAAAAAAGACAUUGUUUGUAUUUAA